AUUUAUAGUAGUUAUAUACAUAAUGAUACUUUGUCGUAUAUAAUGAUUAUAUACCGUGCAGCAUAGUAGCCGGGACAAGACCCCUGAUUGGCCAGGGCCGCAUGGCCUGCCCCGCUUCGUCAUCAGCCUGGCAGUGUUCCACGGGCAUCCAUCCCUCCAUCCAUCAACACCGCCGCCGCCAUCCUCAUCAGCCCAGGCGACAGCAUAUUUGCUCCAUCACGUCUAGGCAGCAGGUUAUUAUCUAGCCUUUUGUGCCCUUCUUGUUUUCUCUUCAACCUUCAACACAUAAAUCAACACAAUAAUUAAUUCAUUCUGCUUGUAUCCCCCCACUACCGUACUUGCGUCGUCUACCUUACCCCGCUUCGAAUUCAGGACACGUUCUCCGCUGAUCAGCUUGAUCUGCGCGUUCGAGAUGAAUGUCCUUAAGCUUCAAAGGAAGUACCCGCAGUUUCCUCAGAAUGAGCUAUUCUCGCUUCAGGAUGCUUUCCACAAGCUUGAUAUCGACGACAAGGGUUAUCUAGAUGAGGCUACGGCCAUCAAAGCAACACAGCAAUCGGAACGCCUGCCAUACGAUGUCGUCAGGCAGGCUUUGAAGGAAGUAGAGCUCGAUAGCUCACGUCGCGUUGAAUUUGAGGAUUAUAUCGAUCUUAUAUCAAAGGUCCGAGAUGCUGGUAGUACUCCAGCGAAGGUUGCAAACCCCGUACAGGCCGCUAGUCCGGGUGCUGGAAGUGGCGCAGGCUCUUCUCGCCAUGUUUCGAAGGGGAGUGUCGGAGGCAAGAUACAUGUCCAGGGCUCUUCGGCGAACGUGACACACACGAUCAACGAAGACGAACGAACUGAGUUUACAAGGCAUAUUAACGCUGUACUGGCCGGUGACCCAGAUAUUGGUCAUCUUUUACCAUUUCCGACUGACACUUUUCAAAUGUUUGACCAAUGCAAAGAUGGUCUCGUCCUAGCCAAGCUUAUCAACGACAGUGUGCCGGACACUAUAGACGAGCGUGUACUGAACAAGGCGGGUACCAAGAUCAAACAGUUGAACGCUUUCCACAUGACAGAGAAUAACAACAUUGUAAUUAACUCUGCAAAGGGUAUUGGCUGCUCUGUGGUCAAUAUCGGAAGCGGCGACAUCAUUGAGGUCCGCGAGCACUUGAUUUUAGGCUUGAUUUGGCAGAUCAUUCGACGAGGGCUUCUCGGAAAAAUCGAUAUCAAACUACACCCAGAGCUGUAUCGACUCCUUGAAGAGGAUGAGACAUUGGAGCAGUUUUUACGUCUUCCUCCUGAACAAAUUCUGCUUCGAUGGUUCAAUUAUCAUUUGAAAAAUGCAAAGUGGGAACGACGGGUCACCAAUUUUUCUACCGAUGUUAAGGAUGGAGAGAAUUACACCGUUCUCCUUAAUCAACUCGCCCCUGAAUUAUGCUCUAGAGGCCCUCUUCAGACAAGAGAUCUGCUCCAACGUGCCGAGCAAGUUCUUUCGAAUGCAGAAUUGUUAAAUUGCCGCAAAUUCCUGACGCCCACGUCUCUUGUUGCAGGUAACCCGAAACUUAAUCUUGCGUUUGUUGCCAACCUCUUCAACACCCAUCCAGGCUUAGACCCGAUUACGGAAGAAGAAAAGCUAGAAGUUGAGGAUUUUGAUGCCGAAGGUGAAAGAGAGGCGCGAGUGUUCACUUUGUGGCUGAAUUCAUUAGAUGUACAGCCUGCUGUGAACUCUCUCUUCGAUGAUCUCCGAGACGGCACGAUUCUCCUCCAAGCUUAUGACAAAGUUAUUCCCGGUAGUGUCAAUUGGAGGCAUGUUAACAAAGCUCCUGCCUCUGGCGGAGAAAUCAUGCGCUUCAAGGCAGUCGAGAACACAAACUAUGCUAUUGAACUCGGAAAGCAAAACCGCUUCUCUUUGGUUGGUAUCCAGGGAGCUGACAUUACCGAUGGUCAACGAACUUUGACACUGGGACUCGUGUGGCAGCUUAUGCGAAAGGACAUUACGAACACUCUGUCUUCACUUGCGCAACGAAUGGGGAAACGCGAAAUUACAGAUGCGGAAAUGAUCAGAUGGGCCAAUGAUAUGUCCCAAAAGGGAGGGCGCAACUCUACAAUACGUAGCUUCAAAGAUGGUUCAAUUGGUACUGGAGUAUUUUUACUGGAUGUCCUCAACGGCAUGAAGGCGAGCUACGUUGAUUACGAUUUAGUCACUCCAGGAAAAACUCCAGACGAUGCCUAUGCAAAUGCAAAGCUAAGCAUUAGCAUUGCUAGAAAGUUAGGAGCAACCAUAUGGCUAGUACCGGAGGAUAUUUGCCAAGUGCGAUCCCGGCUCGUGACAACAUUCAUUGGUUCCCUUAUGGCUACCUUCGAGAAGAUGUAGAAAUAUUUCGAAAGAAGGCUAGGGGGGUAAGAAAAAUUCGAUUAUACUUAUUUUGCCUAUGAGUUGAAACUAUAUCACUUUAUUUCAAUAGUGUAUACAGUAGGGAUUUACAUUUUUAAAGGAUAUGUAGAUGUACUGAAAUGACAAGUUACUAAGCAGCCAGGGUUUGUUUACUUGGUGUUGGUAAUUGUAGUACUGGAUGUUAAUUAUUAUUCAAGGGGAUCUUGAACGCAACUAAACCAGGG